UGUGUGCAUUACCUUUCUCUCGCAGCCUCGCGUCCUGCUGUCUGCAGUGCUAACUAACACAGUGACAGCGUGAAGAAUUAUUCAGAGUUUCACACCAUGAAUACCAAGGGUUUCUGCAAAGGAGAUAAUCUCCAAUUUCUAAACCAUACUAAUAAUUUGCUAAGCCAGUCGCCUAUGGAAGACCCUACGCCAUCAUGUGAGCCCUGCUUCAAAACAGAACCGGCCAGCCCGGUGUACGCCCUUGACAGCACGACUCAGUUCAGCCCGGGGGGCUCAUCCGACAGCAGCGGCUACAGUCUCCUCUCGGGGGUGCAAUCGCUGGAUCCUGACUCCCCGAGCGCUGGAAGCAGAGGCUCUGUGACAGAUUCCUGCAGCGACCAGCCGCGAUACCGAGGCGGGCGGACCCUGCAGCUCUCCGCUGCGGAUACGCUCAUGAAGUGUGAUUACGUCUCCGCGCUCAGCUCGGGAUCCAAGAGGCUCUGUCUGGUGUGCGGGGACUUUGCGUCGGGAUAUCAUUACGGGGUCGCUUCGUGUGAAGCCUGCAAGGCAUUUUUCAAGCGAACCAUCCAGGGUAACAUAGAGUACAGCUGCCCGGUGCUGAACGAAUGUGAGAUCACGAAGAGGAGGAGGAAAUCCUGCCAGGCCUGUCGCUUCAGGAAGUGCCUGCAAGUCGGGAUGAUGAAGGAAGGAGUCCGAAUGGACCGCGUGAGGGGAGGCCGUCAGAAAUACAAAAGAAGGAUCGACUCCGGAUCAGCCCAGUACAUAAAGACACCCUCUUCAAAGCCUGCCAGAUCAGCAGGCAACAAAGUAAUUUCUCACCUCCUUCUAAUGGAGCCCGCCCCUGUCUUCGCCAUGCCCGACCCCGCAGCCCCAGAAAGUGACGUCAAAACCCUGACGACCCUGUGUGACCUCCUCAACAGAGAGCUGCUUAUCGUGAUUGGCUGGGCAAAGCACAUCCCAGGCUUCCCCAGCCUGCCUCUGGUUGACCAGAUAGCCCUGCUUCAGAGCGGCUGGAUGGAGAUUCUGGUUCUGGCCGUGGCGUCUCGCUCGCUGGCUUUCACGGAGGAGCUGGUGUUCGCUGGGAAUUUCCUGCUGGACCGCGGGCAGUGCCGCUCGGCCGGGCUGCUUGACCUCUACAGCGCCUUGCAGCAGCUCAUCGGCAAGUACCAAAUGAUGGGGCUCAGCCCGGAGGAGCUGGUCACCCUCAAAGCCAUGGCGCUGGCCAACUCAGACUCAGCUCACGUUGAGAACGUGGAGGCCGUGCAGCGUCUUCAGGACGGGCUCCACGAAGCCCUGCAGGAGUACGAGGGGAGCCGGCAGCCCCAGGACCCUCACCGCACGGGCAAGCUGCUCAUGACCCUCCCCCUGCUCCGGCAGACUGCCAGCCGAGCCAUCCACUGCUUCUGCCGGCUGCACCUGGAGGGCAGGGUGCCCCUGCACAAACUCUUCCUGGAGAUGCUAGAAGCCAAGAUGUGAUUGUCCAGCCACCACCACCCCCACCAACAGUCCUGGGUGAGUGAAUGACAUGGAACAGCACCCCAAGCCUUCUCAGAACUAUUGCUUUGGUUGGCCAGCAUCUGCUGGCACUUAUAGAGCUAUAGCCAAAAGUUUAGCAUCACCUAGAAUUUUAGGAUUGA